UGAUUAACCGGGAGAGGCCGAAGACUGAGCGUCUUGGCACGUUCAUGUGCAUUCCUCCUUGGAACAGCCCAGCGCAAGGAGUCUUAAAUGGUUCUUCGACGUAGAUGUUCCCUUGGCCCAACUCAUUUGUUGGACUUCUAAACACGGACUUUACUGAAGGGCGAAUCGACGCCUGAGGACUGACUGAUAAAAAAAAUGAAGAGCCGUGCACCGCCCCCUCCGCCUGUUCCACAACCUGCUCCGCGCAGGAUCUAUCGCGACGCCGUUCCGGACGGAGACGGAGGGCCGAGUGGAGAAUCUAAAGAGAACAUCCUCAGGUCUGUGGUUGAGCUCCACAUCACCCUCCCUGAUGGAUACCAGACUACGUGCUCAGUGGACGGCAGCAAAGCGCUCAUGGACCUGCUGGUGGACCUGUGCGGCCGGUACCACCUGAACCCGGCCCACCACACGCUGGAACUGCUGUCACCAGAGGCCCAGCACAUUAGCUUCAAGCCCAACGCUUUACUGGGAACACUGGACGUCUCCUGUGCCAUCAUUAAAGAGAGAGUCACAGAGGAGAAAGUGAUCAGGAAACCAGCACCCAAAGCACCUGAGAAAACAGUGCGUCUGGUGGUUAACUAUCACCGCAGUCAGAAAGCGUUGGUUCGCGUGAGCCCGUUCGUACCCCUGCGCACCCUGGUGCCGGUCAUCUGCAGCAAGUGCGAGUUUGACCCUGCCCACGUCUUGUUAUUCAAGGACCGCGUCAGCAACAAGGAGUUGGACCUGAACCAGUCUCUGACCGAACUGGGUAUCCGUGAGCUCUACGUACUGGACCAGAGUCUGGCAGAGUCACUGCGCUCCAGCUCUCAGAGUGUGGGCUGUGCUGAGAAGAGCAGUCUACUGGGCCUGUUUAAGUUCAGCAGAAGGAAAGAGAAGGUGAGACUGGAGGAAGACCAGUCGUCUGAGGACAUGGAUGACCAUGAGGAUAAUGUUUGUGAAAAUACAGACAGUAGUACUAAAGGCAUGUCGACACUGGGCAGUGUGUCGUAUGUGGAGGCCCGUCCCAGUACUCUGGGUCAGUCCCAGUCAGUGGUGAACAUCUCCAGAAUGUCGCCUAAAGUGGAUCUGAAGAAACGGCGAGCCCCUGCCCCUCCAGCACCACCGCCAGGCCUCACUCAGAGCACCACCCUGGCCUUACAGUCUAAUCCUGGUUCUCCGAGAUCAGAGAGCCAACAGAAGAAGCGGAAAGCCCCUCCUCCUCCACCAGUCUCGGCUUCCAGCACGCCAGCACCCAAUCCCCAGACACCGCCGCUCCGUGCCCUGGCUCCCGCUCCAGUACCUGCUCCCAGGUCCUCCGUCCCGGCUAACGACUCCACGUCAGAGCUGAGUCACAGCACAGAGGACUCAGGACCUCCUGGCUCUGUCUGCAGCAGCAGCAGCAGCGACGUGGCUGUGGGCUCCAGCACCAGCAGCUUGGCCGACGAACCCAUGCAAGAGCACGCUAACGAGCUGGCCUGCAGCACCACGCCCGAGCCAGAGCCAGAACCAGAACCAGAACCUACUCCUAGCACCACGCCAGACAUCGUGGCCAGCACCACGUCGGAAGAGACGGAUUCUGCCCUCAACCUCAAAAUGGAAGAAGUGGAGAACAACCGACACAGUGCUAUUGCCUGGACUCGUUCCGUGCAUAAGUGUGUGUCUGAGCAGACAGGCGACAGUCAGGAGGUGGAGACGGUAUCGGUGGGCAGCAGUAGCAGUUAUGCCGACCAGGGUUAUGCCCCCUCAGAGGGCAUGGCAGACGACUCAGGUCGGGUUAGCUCACCCUCUGACCUAACUCUGCCCACCUCACCAGAAGACACCUUCUCCCUGAACUGCAGUCCUGUUCUCCUGCCCAACCAGCCCAAAGACUGUUCCAGUUCCAGUGACAGUGACGAGGGCUGCGCCACCUGGGGCUCCAGACGCAGCGGGGACAGUCAUCGCGGGCGUCAGGCAGACAAACGAGGGUACAUCUACGAAGAGGAUCAUGAUCUGACAGCGCAGUUUCAUCAAACUCUCGCUGACCUCGACGCUGACCUGGCAGAUGUUAAUCACUCUGAUGCAGGAUCCGUGUGUGUGGAUGACGAGAUCCCGGUGUCUGUCGUCGACGUCGACGUUCCGGUUACCGCCAUUGACGAAGUUCUCGAUGACGACCGGCUCAGCAUGAACGGUUACGAAACAGACUUGUCACGCGGUACGCAAAGUUUCAACAGACAAAACAUUUACAACAGCAACUCCCUGCCAAGCGGGGACAUGCAAAACAAAAACAACAACGCCCGCAUGGCAGAGAGUCAGUGUCAAGCCAGCGUGGGUCAAAUACAAACAGUGCAGCGGCGGGAGAUUCCCAGGACCAACGGAGAGGAGAAGAAAGAGACGGCUGCUGUUGCUGUGAGCUCAGAGAUCAAAGCUAAAGUGGAGCCUGAGAAACCCAAAGUCCAGAGGCAGGAUUCUUUUCCAGAAAGAUCUCAGAGUCCGCUGAGUCACCCUCCUGUCCGCAGUCCUCAGAGAGUCUCAGAGAGCCAUGUUGUGUCUGUGUCUUCAGCUCGCAGCCAAAGCAUGGAGACCUUUGUGGAGAGAGUGAGCUCCCCUACCAGAGGACCACAAAUUCAGAGCAAAAUUACCCAGAACCCUGUCUCUAGAUUCGGAAUGAAGACCUUCACUGUUGUCCCUCCCAAGCCACCUGCAUCCCGCACUGAAAAACAAGCUGGUUCUCUGAUUUUGGGUGCCAUAAAGAUUGAUGAGCAAGGCAACAUGGUAAAACAGAGAGAGGUCCCCGUUGCAGAUCAGAAACAUGAAGAACCCGCUCAAGAUUCUGUCACCGCAGAGGCGCCUCUUCUUGGCAAAGCCAAAGCCUUCUGGACCUCAACAGAGAAGCAAGACACUUUGACCGUCAGCAGGGAGCAAAUUGUUAAGACCAGAGAAGUAGAGGUCUCCAAACCACCCACCAUGAUAGCUCCUGCUAUAGACGCAACUGUAUCACCACUGAAAACAAGAUCUGAGGAGACAGCAAGAAAUAUCAUCGAAGUAACCAGUGAUCCUGUGCCUGAAGCAGAAAUCAAGGCUUCCUCUCCUGAGCCCGUUAGGAAUCCUGUGGCAGUGCUCAACACAACUGAACAGAAAAGAGACUUUACUUUCCUCAAACCUACAAGAAGAACCUCUAGUCAGUAUGUGGCAUCAGCUAUUUCUAAAUACGCAAUGAAGCCUACAGCUCGAGCUGGAGCCAUUCGGGAGACACCAGAAUCCUCCAUCCAGAUUCAAAAGCCACUUGCCAGUCCAGGCUUGAAGCAUGAGGUUAGGUCCACCCAUGUGGUAUCAGAGUACAAAGAGACACAAACAACAACAACAGCAACAACAACAAGGGUGUCCCAACUUAAGGAGAGCACCUCAGUCCAUUCUCUCGAUGGUCCUAAACGCUCGUCAAGUUUUCCCAGUCAACCGGCAAAGUCUGAAGUGAAGCUAGUCGGUAAUGCUAACAAAGGCGCAAUUUACGGUGGGACCCCCUCCAAGUCUCUGGACUUGCAACCAAGCUACACUAAGUUCCAAACUACAGCACAAAAAUCCACAAAAACUGGGGCAACAACAACGUCUCCCAGUUUCUCCCCUCCACCCAAGAAGACCCCUGAGGAGUCAUCACCAGUUCGCAGCCCAACAGAGGUCAUCUAUCCACCGAUUGCUAAGAAGCCUGAUGUGCCCAGUCAGGGUGUCUUACCAGAACCCGACCAAACCGCUGCUUUAUUUGGACCAGUGAAGAAGUUCAAGCCUGUGGUCUUCAAGUCUGUCGAGAAGGAGACGUCCCUGCACAGCUCACUGAUGGAGGCCAUUCAGUCAGGAGAAGGAAAGGAACGCCUCAGAAGGGUAUCUGACCCUAGAACAAAAAGAGCAUUGGAGAAACUAUCCCACACUGAGGCGGAGAGUGAGCACUCAGCUCUUCUAUCAGCCAUCAGAGCUCAACACAACUCUACAAGACUUAAGAAGACCAAGUCGGAGGCAGCUAAGGAGCUGGAACACUUCAGGAGAAAGGAGGAGAGUAGGAGUACACAGAGUCAGAGCUCUCCUGCUGCUGCUGCUCCACCUGCCUUUGCGCCUCCUCCUCCUCCCUCUGCUCCACCUCCAUCUACUUCCACCCUGUCCAAGUCAACACUGAUGCAACCAGCUGGGGAAAACCUGGAGCAGGCUCGAGAAGCGAUGCUGGAAGCUAUUCGUUCUGGCUCUGCGGCAGGGCGACUGAAGAAGGUCCCAGUGACCAUCAAUACAAGAAAAGUGAACAGGAGACUUGGAAUAGUCCAGCCUGGUCCUUGAAACUCCCAAUGACCCUACAUACAGUGACUGAAUGGUCUGGCCUAGCCAAUUGUCAGGAACUCUAAUAGCCAAAUGAGAUGUUUCAUAUCAACUGGAAUUAUUUUUUAAAAUUUAACCUACUUUGAUUUUAUUUCUUCGUUUAUAGUAAUUGCUGCUUUUAGCAUGUGCCAAUUUCUCUCACUCACUCAUUUACGAAAGAUUACUUUUGACAAUAAUCUUGCUUCUGAUAGACCAGUGGUUUGAAACUGUAUUUUUUAUGUUAUAGAUUUGACUAAGUUGUGCCCAGAUGUAUUUUUAUCACUAAUGUACAUCUUCUUCUUUAAACAUCUCAAUCAGUGUUAUUCCAAUAAUUCUACACAUACUUCUUUCUGUUCCAUUGAUAUAUUAGGUGAAAUUAAGCAAAAAAAACAAAACAAAACAAAAAAAACAACCAUCUGCCAAUAAUUUUUUGUUGUUGUCGCCGUCGUUGUAGAACUUGCUUUUUGAAAUUUGUUUUCAGGUUGCAUUGGGUGAAAGCCCUCAAUGAAGCUGCUGUUUGCUACUCAACAUUCAGACAUGUUGUGUUGUGGGACUAUUUAACUUUUAGAAUAAGUAAAGCCACAAACAUUACAGUAUCAUGUGAAUAUAUGGGAAAUGAUUGAUGAGCAAAAGUAGGUAGCAAAAUCUCCUGAGGACGCAAAGAAUAUUUAUUUUUGAAGCAUUGUAGUUAUCACUUCUUUUUUCCCCCUAUAUUUUUCUAUUUAUCAAUUUUUUUUUCUUUAAUUUUGUGAAUUCAAAUGUCAUUUUCCCAUGAUGGAGUCUUAAUGUCAAGUGACUGAACUAGCGGCUUUGUACGAAUAUUGGUUUAGGACACUAAGACAUUGAUUGAUGCCAUUUUGUUUGUCUGUAGAGAGAUUUAGCGUGAAAGACAUACUUUAGGAGACUUGUUUUAAUAUAUUUGCGUUUGCAUCGACAUUGUCCACUUAGUCCAUGAAAAUGACCACAUGGCAAACUUUUAAUCCUCUAGAGAUGUCUUUAACUCUGAAGCAUAUAAGCUGUUCUGUGUGGAUGUAAGUUGACAAGGAUCGAUUUCAUUUUACUAGUUGUAUAUUUUGUAAAAAAAAAAAAAAUCACAUUAGGCGACCGAUAUUAUGCACUAGUUUGAUUUCUGAGAUUAUACACAGUAGCAUUUGUGCAAUGAAUGAGAUUUUUUUUAUUAUUAUUAUUGAACUGUUGCUUUUGUAUGUGAAGUGUACAGUGGUUUUGGAUGGACUGCACAUUCAGUUUAAUUUUCUCUGUCCUAAUUUUUAAAUCAAUAAACCAUUUUGUAAACAUUUAAA